CUUUUGCGUCACUCUUGUUGUCCCUGUUUUGAUGCAGCAAGGCUGGAAUGUUAGAGGGGACAUUUCGCCUUUUAUAUACAUAUAAAUUCACCCAUGGAAUGUGUUCGUGGACGUGAGCGCACAAUUUUAGGCAGGUUUGUUUGGAAUAUUCUUGCAUAUUCUUUAUUUUAAUUGAAGCCAGCUGGCAUGACGUGACUUGUAAAGCCAAUGCCAAAAAAACUCGUUAAGCUAACGAGAUAUUUAUUUCAGUUUAUUAUUAGCAAUGAACGUAUCGCCGGUUAACUUCCACAACCCCUUGACGUCUGGGCCGUAUAGAUAAACGAGCACCGGAAGGCCGCUCAGGACGAAAUGGACACUCCGGGCCCAAAGCAGUAAAUUAUAUCGCGACUGAUAGUUAGCAAACACGAGCCCUGGUUGCAUCCCUUUCUUCUAUGACACAGCCAGUUUAUGCCCAGCUAGAUUCGGUGGAAUCGCUUUUGGACGAACUCCCAUAUAUGUUUUAUUUGGGCCUAUUUUUUGUGAACGUCCUCAUCCUCUACUAUGCCUUUCUGAUGGAGUACAUCGUCCUGAAUGUGGGGAUAGUGUUCCUGCCUGAGGACAUGGACCAGGCGCUGGUGGACCUCGGGGUGCUGUCCGACCCGGCUUCCGUACCCUACGACACAGACACGGAACUGGACGUUUUCGAGGGCUACCUGGAAUGACAAGAAAGUGGGGGGAUGAAGCACCUGUGGAGGCCAGGACUGUGGGGGAAAUGGCCUCAAACGUGGACUCUGAUGCAGAAUCUUUUGGAGGCUCCAAAAGUUGAGGCAGAGGUCCGAUGUGGCCCUCCAACCAUGAGAAUGCAGGAUCUGAAUUGACACUUCGGAUCCUUGAUGAGGACACAGGCGGUGCAGGAUUUUCCUCAUGCAUUCUGUUCCAAGCUUUCUUUUGGCAGUUCACAGACUGAAUUUGACUGCACUGAGAGCUAGCUUACAGUGGAUGCUCCUCGCUGGAUUCAUAGCUACUGCUUUAGGUGGCUCCUUCAUCCUCAAGAUCUAGAUCUUUCAUAUUGAAUCAGGGAUGUUCACUCCCAGCUGCAAUCACGAAAUCUGGUGUGCUGGGAAGACACAAACCGGCUGUGAAGACGGGGGUGUGAUGCUCCAAACUGAAGGAAAAUGAAUUUAAACGUCAAGAACGAGUGGUUUUUAGAUCUAUGAAAAAUAAUCCAGUUCAAGAUUAAUCAGAGAUCAAAAACAAGAUCCUAUAUUUCAGUUUAUCAUUUAUUUUACUGCAAGAUGAAUGAUUUUUUAGGUGACAAAGUGGUUUUUACUAAAGCCAAGAAAAAUGUUAGGUUUCAAAUUCUUUGUAUGUUUAAAAGCAAUAAUUAAAGUAAAGCAAAGGGGUUUGUUUUCUUUACGUAUGCAAGAAGACAAACGCGUACCAGUGUUUUUCCAUAUUUUUACACUUUAUACUGUCAGUGCUGCAGAUCCAGGAGCAGCUGAAACCUAGCUUAAGAGCCAACACAUUGGCUAAGGAAGUUUUAUUUGGGGGAUUUUUAUUCUGAAUGCACGAAAAAAAACCCAAAAAAAUCCAUAAAAUAGGCGCACGUGCAUGUUUCACGAUACAACUACAACCCAGGUGGUGCAGCUGGUGGUGAUUCAGUCAUUCAUUUUGCUCGCCCUGUCACCUAAAUUAUAGCUAUUUCCAGGGUCACUCUGCAAUAAGUCAAGAAAAAGAGUGGAGUGGUUGCCUAGUGUGUGAAUGUAAAACAUAUUUUCAUAGAGUAAUAUGCCAUGUGGAUGCUAAUUUGGAUGCCUUUAAGCAAUAUUUUAUUAUUUAAAAUAUAUUUUUUAAUGGGAGCCAGAUUCCACAAUUUAGGGUUUUUAUUUUUCAAAUUAAAAGUUUCUCAAUCUCAAGAUAUAAAAAAAACUCUACAGAUACUGAUAUUUUUGAAAAAACUGAUUGUUUUUAAGGGCAGUACAAGAAAACAAUGUUAAUAAACAGUAUUAUUAUUCUUAAAAAUAUUCCUGUCCAUCUUUUGUUUUGUAAAAUGAAUGGAAACGAGGUGAUAAGAGUGUUUACUUUGAUCUUUUGACCAUCAUCAGCAUACAGCUUUAUGCGGCGUUUCUGUUCACCAUCCUGCUCUGCCUUAUGGCAGAUGUAUGCACAUUCUCCAAUGACCUAAUGUGAGAAAUUUCUAUUUUCUGAUCUGUAUUUAAUAAAGUUGUAAGUGAAAGACAA